AUGGCUCAAGCUAUCAACAUUCCCGCCUUGCAAAGCGAGAACAAGCAAGCCUUUCUCGACCUCGGUUUCAAAUACACCAAAGCCCGCGCCAACAACUUCUUCCGGCUCUGCGUUCAAUACGCCAAACUCGAAGGCGGACGCGUUGUCAAGCAAAACUCACUCAACGACCUCCGUCUCUCCACCCUCGACGUUCUCGACUACAUCGCCGUGACCUUCAUCCAGAACCUGGGCGAGUACCUCUGGCCCGCUGACAUCAGCCAACGUAGCCAUCUUGAGGGCGCGAAUGCGCUGCUGGGGAGUUGGUCGGGAGGUCUGAUCGCUGACGUCCAUCAGAAUUGUCAGACGCCUGGUAAUCAUGACCGCAGCUGGUGGCAGGAGAAGGUCAGGAGCCCGCUGGGGGUCAAGAUGAAGCGGUAUCUCGAGGUGCUGGAGAGGGUUCCUUCGGUCAUGGCGCCGGAUUUUGGGGCGCCGACGUAUGAGGAGAUUGGGCCGUUGGUGGGGAUGGUGCUGGAUACGUCGGGUUGA